GUUUCUCUCUGUCCUCUGUGGAAGAAGAAGGGAUUCGUCGGCUGUAUGUGAAUGGCGUCAAAGAGACAGGCCUAGCCUUCAAGAAAGGCCUGAAAGCUGGCGAUGAAAUUGUGGAGAUUAACAGGAAAGCUGCUGAGGAUUUGGACUCAGCUUUGCUGAAAGAUGCCCUUGUUCAGCCUUCGCUGUGUCUUACUGUGCGCACCUAUCCUGAGAUGGAGGAAGGGCAGAAACUAAGGCAGCCACCACCACGUCGCUUGGAAAACCCAUCUGACUUGAGUGACAGCACACUGGCAUUUGCUGGGAGCAACCAAGGGCACUCGCUUUGCGGCGACCCGGACAGCUCUGUUGAGACAGCUCCAGAGGAGGCAGAAGUGCAAGACUUGGAGUCAUCUGAUGAGGCCGAUAAGAUGAGCAAGAGUACAGAGCAGGUCGCUGCUUUCUGUCGCAGUCUGCAUGAAAUGAACCCUUCUGAUUCAAGUGCUCAUCCUCAGGAAUUUACAGGACCCCAGCUGGCCACCAUGAGACAACUCACAGAUGCAGAUAAACUGCGAAAGGUUAUCUGUGAACUUCUCGAGACAGAACGCACCUAUGUCAAAGACUUAAAUUGUCUAAUGGAGAGAUACCUGAAGCCUCUACAAAAAGAAACGUUCCUCACACCAGAUGAGCUGGAUGUUCUCUUUGGGAAUCUGACUGAAAUGGUAGCAUUCCAGGUAGAGUUCUUGAAAACACUCGAAGAUGGAGUAAGGCUGGUUCCAGACCUGGAAAAGCUUGAAAAAGUUGAGCAAUUUAAGAAAGUGUUGUUUUCCUUGGGUGGAUCCUUUCUUUACUAUGCUGACCGGUUCAAGCUGUACAGUGCCUUCUGUGCCAGCCACACGAAAGUCCCCAAAGUACUGGUGAAAGCCAAGACAGACACUGCUUUCAAGGCAUUUCUGGAUGCUCAGAAUCCCCGACGGCAGCACUCCUCGACGCUAGAGUCUUACCUCAUCAAACCCAUCCAGCGGAUACUGAAAUACCCUCUGCUGCUGAAGGAGCUCUUUGCUCUGACUGAUGUAGACAGCGAAGAACAUUAUCACCUUGAUGUGGCCAUAAAAACAAUGAACAAAGUUGCCAGCCACAUUAAUGAAAUGCAGAAAAUCCAUGAAGAAUACGGGGCAGUGUUUGACCAACUCAUAGCAGAACAAACAGGGGAUAAAAAAGAGGUUGCAGACCUUUCAAUGGGGGACUUACUCUUGCAUAAUACAGUGAUAUGGCUGAAUCCUCCUGCUUCACUGGGGAAAUGGAAGAAGGAACCUGAGCUGGCAGCAUUUGUGUUCAAAACUGCUGUGGUCCUUGUAUACAAGGAUGGUUCCAAACAGAAGAAGAAACUUGGAGGAUCACAUAGAGCUUCAAUUUAUGAAGACUGGGAUCCGUUCCGCUUUCGUCACAUGAUACCUUUAGAAGCACUGCAGGUUCGAGCGUUGGCAAGUGCAGAUGCAGAGACCAAUUCUGUAUGUGAGAUUGUCCAUGUUAAAUCUGAGUCUGAAGGCAGGCCAGAAAGAACGUUUCACCUCUGCUGUAGUUCACCAGAACACAGGAAGGACUUUCUGAAGGCAGUGCACUCCAUUCUGCGGGAUAAACACAGAAGGCAGCUUCUUAAAACCGAAAGUUUGCCCUCAUCCCAGCAAUAUGUUCCUUUUGGUGGAAAAAGAUUGUGUGCUCUAAAAGGUGCAAGGCCAGCCAUGAACAGGGCAGUGUCAGCCCCAAGCAAGUCUCUUGGGAGGAGGAGGCGGCGGCUGGCCCGAAACAGGUUUACCAUUGACUCAGAUGCCGUCUACACGAGCAGCCCUGAAAAAGAGCCCCAGCAGCCCACACACAGUGGGGACACUGACCGCUGGGUAGAGGAACAGUUUGACCUUGCUCAGUAUGAGGAGCAGGAGGACAUCAAGGAAACGGACAUCCUCAGCGAUGACGAUGAGUACUGCGAGGCCAUGAGAGGCGCCGUGGCCGACCGAGACCUUCGGGAGCGGCUGCAGGCAGCCUCCAUCGCAAGCAGCCAGCCAUGCCGGGGAGACCGCCCGCGCCCAGCCAUGGACACGCACGCCUCCAGGAUGACCCAGCUGAAGAAGCAGGCGGCCUUGUCCGGCAUCAACGGUGACGUGGAGGGCCACAGCGAGGAGGUCAUCUGGGUUAGGCGUGAAGACUUUGUCCCCAGCAGGAAGCUGAACACGGAGCUCUAAACCAGUCCCCUUCCCCGCCUGGAUGCGUAGGUCUCCCCGUCCCACCCUCUAUCCCUCCCUCCCGCCCCCGCACACCGCGGAGGCCUGAUCCCGAUAGAUUGCACACUUGCACACACCAUUUCGGCAGCUGAAUUGGUUCGAAGCCAUGUGGCCACACUUUAGGCAACUGUAAA